AUGGCUGCGAGUAAGGCAGAUCUCAGCGAGGACCAGAGGCGGCUGGUGUAUACCUAUUACCGCGAGCUCCGUGAUUUCUUUCAAAUUACCGGGGCCAAACAUGACCGCUCAGGCUCAGCUAGGGCUCAAAAAGCGAGGUCCAAGCUUUUAAAGCUAUAUCCUUCGCAAUUUUUUGAGCUCAGCACAGAUGUCCACGAUGAGCUGCAAAGGCGUAUAGAUGAAAAUCAAAUGCAGCCCGAUCACCUUCUGCCACGAGAAUCAUUCCAUGUCAAGCGCAACCAGGCGCGUCAGAAGCUUGCGAAUUUAUCAGAGUCGAGGUUUAACGAUCUAGUUGACGACAUUUUGUAUGAAAUCCAGAGGCGGGACUACCACGAGCUUCCACCGUUGAACAACGUCACAGAAGAUAGCCACAAUAGCGCAAAGCCUAAUCUAAGUCUUUCGCCACCACAACCUUCGACUGCCGGGUCAAGUCGAGGUUACGACGUAAAUCAGAGCCCAGGGCGUGAUGAAAAGGACCUGUCCGCCGUAGUACCCAAUGCAACAAUUCAACAAUCGCGUGUGAGCCCCAAAAAGGCUUCAAUUGAAUGGAGUUCUGAUGAGGAAGAUGACCAAGAUGGCCCAGGCGUUGCGCGGCAAAGCGACCCCAGAGAGGGCGUAACUACGGAAAUUGGUACACAUGACCACCGCCUUACAGCAACGCCUAGAAACAACAGACUCUCACAAGACAGUUUCAACAGCUCACCUGCCAAGAAGGAUUAUGGUGCUGAAGAUUUCUCUAAAAGAGCAGAGAUAUUACAGAGUGCGAGUGAUAGUGAUUCUGAUACCUCGACUGACAAGAAGGUGCAUGCAACCGACAAAUCGAACCUUGACAUGAAUGGUCAUGAGCAAAAGCCGAUGAAUGUACAUGAUCCUGCUCUAUACAACGGGAGCACUGCCCCGCUUGCGGUAACACGGCCAAUUAGUCCAACGCUAGCCUAUGCGGAAAGAGAUGAGGGCACGCCUGAACGGGAGAGGCACAAGAGAGGACCAAAGAUCCCAACAAAAGUAGUAAAGCCAUCCGAAAGCAUACAUGGCGUACAGGGGGACGACUCGAAUAUCAAUUCAGAGCAAGGUUCGCCCACUCGGGGUCUCAGAGGUCAGAGGGAUAUACUCAAAAGUACCAGCGAGGAACAGUCUUUGGAAAUCAGCCCGACGGCUGCGGGAAAUGUUGACCCUUUACCUUCGCAGCCUUCUGCUCUCACUAAUAAACUGGUUGACGAAGGUGCAAAUUUCCAGCUGGUCGACUCUACUCCUCAAGUAACUGCCAAAAAUAACGGGGUUGGUCAUUGGGGGUCACUGAAAAGAGCUUCUUUAGAGCACGAGAAUUCUAAGCGUGAGGUCGAAGUUUUGAUAAAGGAAGGGGAGAAGAUGGACGAGAAAAUAACAGAGUUAGAAAAAGCCAAUACAUUUUUGUCCUCUUCAAAAAGUGAGCUGGAGACAGACUUGCGUAACUUGAAACAUGAGAAUACCGAUCUGAAAGGGCAAAUCGAUGAUCUCAAUAGCCAACUGGUGAAUGUGAGCACUGAGGUCCUCCAAUUGAAAAAGAGUCAGAGCACACAGGCCGAUACGUCUGCCGUUCAGAAUAAUCAACAGAAAUUUACCGAACUUACUCAGCAGAUCAACUCUCUUUCCAUUGAGAAUGAGAAGCUUAAACAAACUUCUGCGGAGCUAGAACUCAAGCUGAAAUUAUUCAGAUCCAGUGAUCAACAAGGAGUUAGUGGUAAUCGUUCCAUUGGAGAUUCUAUUAAAACAGGUCCAAAGGAAAGGUCACAUCUCAAGCUCUCAAUGCAGUAUUUAUCGCCGGAUGGUCAAAUACCCCAAGCUUUGUUCACGUCGUUCUCAAGUCACGUUGAGUCGAUUUUCGUCCAAUUUCAAGAGGACAGGUUCAGUGAAACCUUUGGGAACGAUCUUUUUGAAACUUUAGCACACAUGGUUGAAUGCACUUACAAGAUCAUAGCUCUGGUUGACUCGUCUACCAAUCAAGAGUUCAUUAUGAUCAUUAAGGCGUCAUUAUCUCAUGCAAUCACCUCAGUUAGAUAUUUUGCGCUCUAUCAUGAGAUACUGCCUCUUGUAACGGUAGAGAGCGCGAUAUCUGAGGUAUGCUUCUCACUAUGCCGUUUGGUCGAAAGGGUAAAAAUUACAGACUCCGCUAAUAGAUUAGACGAAGACGACAGGCCUAAAACUCCCAUGAUUUCAGUCACUAAAGAGUCCAGGAAUUUUUCAUCAACAUUGGAAGGAUUUCAGGAUCCUCAAAGCAGCUUGUAUGAAAAAUUCGAUAAUUCUGGGACCAUGUCUCCCGUUAAGCCUUUGAAGAUCACUCAAAAGGUAGUGAAAAACGCAACGUCGCCAAAGAGCACACAUGCCAGUAGAAAGCCUUCGAGCACAUUGUUCGCCUCGAUUGUGAAUCCAACGUCAGCCAGUGAAGAAUCUCUAGGAAGCGCGCAGUUCCGAAGGGCCAAUUUUUCCCCACCCAGUGAUAGGCAGAAGAGCUCACAUUUACCUGUUGAUCAUGACGUGCGACAACUAGUAUCUGUUGCUGGGCGCGAACGCGUGCUUCAGCCAUCCUCUCCUUCUGAGCGAGACCUCAAGUUAGCCGAACUUGAGAAAUGCCCAGCGAGCUUGGCCCUGAACGAGAAUGGUAAGUCUCCAGAAGUUUCAGCGUCGGUGGUUCACACUGAACAGCACAGUGAAAUGUCACCAGAAGAAAAAGAGCCGAUAAACGCUACAAAAUCGAUUGAUACUGCUGCUAGGGCCGGUCCAGAAGUCAAGAAUAGAAAUUUCGGACAUCUUCGCGAUCAAUUGAGCUCAAAAGAAACGGAUCAGACAAUUUCAUCGGAUGAAGAAACAAUGGAUGAGGGACACACCCACAGGAAUGAUGAUAGUAAUUUGACUAGCGAUGAUGAUUUAACAUAUCAAUUGUUGAAGGAGAAUAUGCGAAAAAAGCAACAAACAGAUGAUACGCUUGGGUAUAGCCAACAUUCAAGUCCUCACAAGAGUGAAGCUGACAGUUUGCCAGUCGAAAAAGCGGCGCUACAAGAAUCUGUAGCUAUCUUUCCAGAACAGGCCAAGGAAGCUAUUUCUGUCGAUGCUAACGUAACUUCUGGACUAAACAAUCACCUCGGUGGCAGAAAGGUGAAUGAAGAUAUUGGAUCACAAAAUCAACGCGCCAAUGGAAGCCCUUUCUUGAAAAUAUCCGGGCCCAAGAUCGACGCGGAAACAUCGCAGCUCGAGGGUACUGGAGGUCAGCUCUCUUUCAGUCCAGAAGUAGAGAAAAAGCCCAUAGGCCUAAAACAGGUGGGGCACGCAAAUAUUUCACCCCAUAGUCACAGUGUUGGCCACAAUCACGAUGCGACCAUGGCUAACGUUGUGCCAUCGACCCUGACGAACGAGAAUGAUUUCUCCCAGGUAAAAUUGAAGGAGUCUCCAACAGAAAGCAUUUCUGCACAAAAGGACCUCAAGACAGUUGAAAAGGGUGCUACCCAGGCCAAGUCUUCAGACCAUGGUCCUGGAACAAUUGAUGUGGAAGAAGGGAAGCCAAGUAAGCCAAGCGACAUGGACCAUAAAAGAACGCCAAUGACAGGUGUCUCUCAUGCCGAAACCAUUGGAUCGAGUGAGAAGCGCGUAGAACCGCUAGUGAAACAGGAGGAAUUUGUGAUACCUCAGCAAGGUGAUGAAUCUGGCAUGGUGAGAAGAACAACGUCAGAAACUUCUCAAAAGUUUAAUGUGGAAACUGGGCAAAGAGAAUCCAGUGACGAAUCCGAUUUUGAUAUUGACGCGUUUGAAAUUGACAACCCUGACAAUACACUUUCAGAGCUUUUAUUGUACUUGGAGCACCGUACUAUUGAAGUCAUAAGUACAAUCCAGUCGCUUCUGACUUCAAUUAAACAGCCACAGAUAUCGAAAGGAGAACUAUGCAAAGGAUCAUCUGCAAUUAACCAAGUGAUUGUGCAAAUGGUCGAAGCCACCGAUGUUUCCAUGGCUCAAUCACGUAACGCAGCUUUGAAAGAGCACGGAAAUUGGGUGGUUCAAAGUUUGAAGGACUGCAAAAGGAGAAUGAAAUCGCUCUGUCACUUGCACGACGACGGAACUAUCAAAGCUGACCAAAGUGAUAGCGACUAUGCUGACAAACAUUUCAAACAACGCCUGGCUGGUGUAGCUUUUGAUGUGGCCAAGUGUACGAAAGAAUUGGUUAAAACUGUAGAGGAAGCCAGCUUGAAGGAGGAGAUCGAGUACCUCAACUCAAAACUAGCGCAUUGA